AGCGCGUCACGCCGGUCGGGAAGCCUAGCCUAACCUAGCCGCGGUCGAUUUCGAAUUUUCGCGCGGCGCCGAACGAGGGGGCGCCUGUACCGCGGCUCGCGAGAUAUCGGAGUCCCGCGCCGUCGCCUGGCUCGAUCGCGGCCGCCAUAUUGGCAAAGGGUUCGGGACCGCCGUCCGGUCGCCCGGCAUCCUCGACUCGGUCCUCGCGCACCGAGCUCCCCCGCAGUCACGGGGGCCGGUCUCCAACCCAACCACGACCGCGAGCUGCGGAUAAACAGCCAAAAUUCGGGUGAAGAACAGAGAACCGUUGCCAUCCUACGCGAUGGAGAUCUCCGACGAGUACCAGGACAUGGGGAACCCCGGCGGAGGGGUCGCCAUGGCCAACAUCUCCAUGGGGCACCAUCGCAACACGCCGGACAGCCCGGUGUCACAUCAGGAGGAGGACUUGUCGGACCCGGACCUCCAGGAUGAAGAGAGUGGCGAAGAGUUGCCCCAGCAGCCGCUCCAGGGCAACAAUCAUUCGCCAUCGGAUGCCACGUCCAUUCCCGUCACGACGCCGACGCCGCUUACGCACCUCAACAGCCUCAUGAGCUCGCACCACCCUCAUUUCCUGACCAAACUCAAAAUCGAGAACGACAUGGAGGCGCUGGGCGGCAAAAGCGGCCUGGAGGCGCUCCAGGCCGCGAUGGGCAGCGGCGGCUUCAACCUGCCGUUCUCGUUCCCGCCACCGGCCGCGUUCCUGGCGCCGCAGCACCACCCCCAGAACAGCCACCCCGCGGCCACGGGGACCUCGGGCAACGCCCUGACCACCUCCUCGGCCAGCUCGCAUUCGAGCGAGUCGUCGCAGGGCAGCCAGAGGAACGGCGAGGUGCGCGACAGCGGGAUCCACGGAGGCCAGUCCAGCGCCGCGGCCGCCGCGGGGAGCGCCCAUCAGCAGCAGACCAGCUGGAGCUUCGAGGAGCAGUUUAAACAGUUGUACGAGAUCAGCGAUGAUCCGAAGCGAAGGGAGUUCCUGGACGAUCUCUUCAGCUACAUGCAGAAACGCGGAACCCCCAUCAACCGAUUGCCCAUCAUGGCGAAGUCCGUCCUGGAUCUCUACGAGCUGUACAACUUGGUGAUAGCCCGUGGCGGCCUGGUAGAUGUUAUCAACAAGAAGCUCUGGCAGGAAAUCAUCAAAGGUCUGCACCUGCCGUCGAGCAUCACGUCCGCCGCGUUCACUCUGCGCACUCAGUAUAUGAAGUAUCUCUACCCAUACGAGUGCGAGAAGAGGAGGCUGUCCACGCCGGCGGAACUCCAGGCGGCGAUCGACGGCAACCGGCGGGAGGGCCGACGGAGCAGCUACGGCGCGUACGCGGGCGGCGCCUCCGCGGGGGACGCCCUCGUCCAGAGGAGCUCGCACACCCCGAGCUCCCUGGCGCUGCACGCGCAGAUGUCACCCCUCUCCCUGGUGACGGCCGUUGCUGCCGGUGGUCAGCAUCACGGGCCCCAAGCUCUGGUCAACGGGAGCGCCGCGCACACGCCACUGUCGCACCAUCCGCACCACCCGCACCACCCUCAGCACCCACAGCACCCCCAGGGCCCGCUGGGCCAGCCACCCAACGCCGGUCCCAUUCCCGGCAUGGCCCCCGCAGAAUUCGAGGCUCGUAUGGUGGAGUACGUGAAGUUGCUGAACAAGGAGCUGAGGAGCGCCGGGGCGGGCACGCCACCCCCGAUGAUCCACCGCCAGGGGAGCUCCUCGCCGCCGUCCUCGACACCUCCCAGGGAUAGCGCUUUCAGCGCCCUCGACGUGUCCCGGCUAACCCUCUGGAAUAUGUACAACAACAAUACCCUCUACCCCGGGGUGGGCCACCAGCCCCCGCUGUCCCCGCAGGCCUCGCACUCGCCCUUGCCACCGGCUUCCAGCCCCGAGCCACAGAGGGAGGCACUGGACUUGGGACUCAGGUCUUCGCCAAUGUCCUCCUCUCCCGCCAGGCAAAGCCCACCUUCCUCCGGCGGAAGUGCACACCAGAAGAGGGAUCAGGAGCUUUCCGGCACGCCGAUUCCACCUGCUGCCAAAAGGUCGCUUUCCGACGACGAAAGCCCCACGGAGAAGAAGUUCGGAGCUCUCCCUGGUACACACAUCAAAAUCUCCAACAGAGGAGACGGCCGUAACGGAGACAAUUCCUUAGUGGUCAGUAUGGAGUUAAACGGAGUCAUGUACGAGGGUGUCCUGUUCGCCCAGACGGACAACAGCAGGAGCGCAACAUCCACGACGACCAACAGUACGAAAACAGCGCGCGGUAUCGUGUCGUGAGCGUACCGAAACGGGGUGCUCCUACUUCGAUUAAUUCAACGUUUCGGUAUUUAAUUUGAUCUUAGCAUCCUUCUGUAACGAGAGCCCGUUCCGAUUGGAGCAGCCUACGAGUGCGGCGAGUGAAAGAGUUCAUCCCUUAACUCCGAAACGCAUCGACUCGAAAAUUGCGAUCCAGCGAAUGCGACGUAUCCCAAGCAAGACAGUUUCCGCUCUUUGAAAAUGUAAUUCUUUUACGUGUUUUAACGCUACUCGCCGUGCAGCAAACCGCAAGGAAAUCACUGGAGUAGGGCAUCAACGUUAGUUUUAUAUAUUCCAUUCGAAGGCAGUUUUAGAGGCACUCGAUGAUUCCUUUCAGUUAGUGAUGCGCACUUCGGGUUGCGCAUUUAUUAACGUUUGAUCUCAAUUUCUUGAAAGACACGCACGAAAUGUUGCAGUCGGGGCAUAACGAGGUUUCCUUGUCCGAGUCUACGUUUUACUUUUCGGAAUCUAAGUAUCCAUCCUGGAAUUUUUUAUUAUACGGUAUAGCGAGUAGUACAGUGAUCUUUAUGUUUUCUCCUGAUUUUUAUUAAUCAGACGUCUCAUCGAUGUGACAUCAUCUGCGGACGGAGAUUGGAGCGACUCCAAUCGACCUAUGACAUGUUUAACGGAAAAAACAUGAAAUCAUCACUAUCCAAUUUAAUCGUUUUUAUUCAACAUUUCAAGACCUGUACAGUCAUGGAAAUAUCGAUCAGCUCAUGUACCGCUGCUUUGUACUCAUAUCAUGUUUAACAACGCUUUUUAUUAUUGUAUACAGGGCAUUUCUUACUUUCCUGUAAUACAGUUUACACCAUCGACUCAGUGUUCCUUUAAUUUCAAUUGCUCCGGUCUAAAUAUUGCAAGUGUUACGUUUAAGUGCUUGAUUGCCGAAAUGAUAUCAUUUGUAAUGCCGCUUUUCUUUUUUAUUGAACCAGGUGGUAAACAAACAUUGAUUAUUAUUUACGUUGUCUUUACCCGGACAAAAGAUCUAUCGCACUCACUCGGCCGCUGUAUGCAGUUUUAAAGUAGUUUUAUUUUUGAGAAUUUUCAAAAAGUUAGGUAUUCCUUUUAUUAUAUCUUUGACCAGUACAUAUUGUGACAUACCGUGGAUGGUAAAAAAAAAAAGAAUAAGUGAUUUCGUUUAUACCUGUCUUACCAGCUUUCGGCCAUGUACAAUUAAUUAUGCGAUAGAAACUGCGGAUAUAUUUUCUUUCUCCAGAAUCGAUCAGUAAUAGAAAACCGUAAAACGAGGACAUUACGAAGUAACACGCUACCUCCGUUACAAAGUUUCUGCAAAGUGUUUCAUUGACAAGGCUCCACAGACACGCGUGUACGGGUUUGACUACAACUAAGUAUAGGGAAGUGUCUUAUUGCAUUUAUACUAAAAAGUACUCAAACGCAACGAUCAACUAUACAUAAUCAGUUCUGUGAAACCGCGACCCGAGAAAAGAUCCACGAAACAAAUAAAUAUAAGGAACAAAGUACAACCGAAUUUUUAACAGGACCUCUAGGAAACGCAAAAGUCGAUUCGACGAAAUUUGCAUGACAAAACCCCGAGAAAAUGAUCUUUGCACGCGCUAGCAAAACGAAGCUGCCAAUUUAUUUUGUCUGAAGUGCAGUUGCGCCAAUUUCGACGGAUCAAGUUAAGCAGACUUAUUAGAAGCUUUUGUGUAUUUUUUUUUUUUUUCUAACGACUUCUGACACAAACUCUUUCAUCCACCUGUACGGAACAACCGUGGGAACUGUUCCAUAUACUAACAACAAUUUCCACGAUGCAAAUUCUAUGUAAUGUCGAGCGAAUUCUUAACAAAGUAGGCUUCUCCGUUUCGGAUCGAAUGGUAUCGUAAUCGUAUGAUUAGCAAAGUAUGUAUGAUUUGUGUGCAAUGAAAAACAGAUGUUUCUUUUUAAGUAGAUCUGUACGCCUUGUUUGGCUUUCGAUCGAGAAGCUUCCGUAUAUUUAAGUUCCUUCGAAAUAUAAUAUCCUCCGAAGAUGAUGUCCGAUCACUGCCAAAGUAAUUGUCGAUUAUAUAUAUAACAAUCUAUGCGUUUUCAAUCCGUGGAGCAUUUUGCUUUUGCAAAAUCUGACAUUUGGAUGGAACAUCGGUCAUCGGUUCCAUUAUCUUAUCGGGAAGUCCGCUUAGCGGUAGAGGGAAAGAGACUCAUUUUUAUUUCGGACCCGUUCUCUUGUCUUUCAUUCCUCGCUUGGCGGCUUCAAGGGAGAAAUUGAUUUUCGCAGUUACCUAAAUUUCUAUCAUCUAACGAGUAAUCGAGAUUUCUCACGAAAAACUGUAGCGGCGAUUGCAUCCCGAUGGAGCGAAGUGGUAUAAGGACGUCUUUGGGCGGAAGCACCUUGACCGAAAGUUCAGAGGCCGGAUAGUAUUAGUACGCGUCAGGAAUAUAUUCUUCCGUCAAGUAUCAGUCGACAGUUCUCAUUCUUUUUUAUCGUUCUAUCGCUAAAUCAAAAUGUCUUAACUUAUUUAUUUCCUUCGAUUCCUAGGUACGCUGCGGAACGAAAACCUCCGCAGUUUCUCGUUAUAGAACGUGCGAGGGUGGGCCCCCUAAUUUUAACGUAGGAUAUUAAACGCGCGUUCCCGCGUGCAUGCCCUUACAUUAAUCGGAUCAGUGACUGACGGGCAAAACGGCACAAAUUGCCCUCGCAAUAAAGGCCAGGGCGAACCGGCCGGUCCCUUCCGGAACGGCCGCUUCUGCCGACUGGCCUUUCAUCCGCUAAAGUUACGAUCGCGAUCUCCGGAUAGCGCGAGACGAAUAAAAGUAAGGCAUUCCUCUUCGCAUCGUUGAUAAGUUUGUACAUAGCGAGCGAGAAACGCCCGUGGGAGGACGAAACACCCCCGGCCGAGGAGUCUCCGUGGAAGGACCAAAGGCCUCGUCCUCGUGGAAGUUCCUCUCCGAGGUCCUCCUUCGGGUCCCCCCGUUUGAAGAACGUUCCAACCCCCUCGACGAAGCCCCACGGGCGUUUCUCCUCGGAAUUUCGCGGAGUUUAGGACCGAGCGUCCCCCCCGGCACGCAAAAUGGCCGACCACGCGUAAACCGGAUACGUAUAGCGCAGCCCUUAAUUUUAAUCGCGCCAACGGCGUACGAGCUAAUCUCCUCACUUCUGUCGCAAAUAUACGCUACUCUUUUCUACACUCUGGGUCUCGCCCCUCGACCGCGCGCAAUUUCGAGUCGAGAAGAGCGAAGACGCGGCAAUCGGUCGCAUCCGAACCCUCGAAGCAGCCCCGAAGGAACCCGCAAGAGACCGCUUGGGUCCUAGCCACGCGACGCGAAAUCGUCAGGCGCACUUAGAGAAGUAAGGUUAGGUACCUCGGUACGCGCGAGACACGAUCAUACAAAACGCCUACGUCCAAGGAUGUAUGCAAUAAUCGCUAUAUAAGAAGAGUAAAGCAUCUGUUUUAGUCAUAGUCGAUAGGAUACCUAUGUAGCGAGAGGUGAGAUACUAGGGUAGCGUCCCGGAAAAGAGAGCCGAUCCUCGAGGGACGCCCGACGAUCGAGCCAAAAUGGCGGCCGCGAGAGAGACGGCUAACGGAUUCGACUUUAUGAUUUUAUAUUAUCGAGGCGCGGAGGGGAAAAGAAAGAAAAAAAAAGUGUUUUAUUGUUCAUAGUUUGAAGAUUAGCCAAAAAGACUGUUACAUAGGAUGAAUAGUACUCUAGCAGUUAAUUAUUACUGUGACGAUUAUUACUAUCGAUUAACUUUAUAUAUUAUACAUAUAUAUAUAUAAAUAUAAAUACAAUUAUAAAUACGAGUAUAUAUGUAUACAUAUUGUCGUCAUCAUCAUGGUUACUGAUGUUUCGCGGCCAUCGCGCGAGUACGGACGACGCCGCUUUGAUUCGUUGCGCCGCAAAACCAAACGAUAUUGUAUAAUCAAAAUUACGUCCUACCGAGUUUUUGGCCCUUCGCGCGAUAUGCGGACUUUUGGGCGAGCGCGAGAUGUUAUCUUUCGAGAUUCCUUUUUUUUCUCUUUUUUUUUUUCUUACGCGCGAGACCUUCAAGUGGUUUCCACUAUUCACGAAUUGGGAAGAAUAAUGUGAAAACCUGGGGACGACCGCUUCUCACGAGCGAUCGCCGUUCGCGCAAUCACUGACGAAUGGAUGGCGGAGCUUUGUAAAUUUUGUGAUUCGUAAAUGUUGCUCCGUCGCGGCAAUUCGCUAUCGGAAUCUGUGUUUAGGAUAUUGUAUGCAAAACGCCCGGGCAAAUAAGUCGGCGUGCGAAUGAUUACGUGGAAAAGAGGUCGCAAGGAUGCGUUUUAAUUAGUUGCGAUAUAUGCACGCCCUUUUAUAUCAUACUUGACUAAUUGUGAUCGGACGAGUGGCUCAAAGACGAUCCUGACCACUUCGAA